UACAGAUUGGUGAAUAGAGUGAGCGAUUCAUACCUAGCAGAGUUCGAGGCACCCAAUCGAUUGUUGUUGGGCGCGGGCCCAUGCACCGUGCAUCCGCGUGUGUUGCGCGCGAUGACGCAGCCGGUGAUAGGGCACCUCGACCCCAAGUUUUUCCAGGUCAUGGACGAAGUGUGCGAAAUGCUGAGACGGGUAUUUCACACUGAAAACUAUAUGACCGUCCCCAUUUCCUCAACUGGCACCGGCGCCAUGGAAACCGCGUGCGCCAACGUGCUGGAACACGGCGACACGGCCAUCGUGUGUCGCAACGGAUAUUUCGGCGACCGAUUGGCUGACAUCACCGAGCGGUGCGGCGCGAACACGGUCAUGGUCGAUUCACCGUGGGGCCAACCAUCCGACCUCAACGGUCUCGAGGACGCCCUGAAGGCAAACCCCAACACGCGCAUGGUCGGGCUGGUGCAUGCCGAAACGUCUACCGGCGCAUUGUCGCCGCUGCUGGACGCUAUCGAGCUGGCCCACCGCCACGGCGCGCUGGUCGUCGUUGAUGCCGUUACAUCGCUGGGAAGCCACGAAGUGCGCGUCGAUGACUGGGAUAUCGACGUGUGUUACAGCGCGAGCCAGAAGUGUCUGGGCGCGCCUCCGGGUCUGGCUCCCAUCAGUUUUGGCGAACGGGCGAUCAAGAUUAUCAACGAGCGGCCCACCAGGGUGCAGAGUUUUUACUUCAACCUGAAGGACAUCGCGGACUACUGGAAUCAGACCCGCGCUUACCAUCACACCAGCCCCAUCACGAUGACCUACGCGAUUCGCGAAUCGCUACGCAUGAUGAUGGAAGAGGGUAUUGAAGAACGCCACGCUCGCCACGCGCGGGUCGCAGGCGCCCUUCGGGCGGGACUGACGGCCAUGGGGCUGGAGUUGACUGCGUCCCCGGAGCACCAGUUGAAUCCGAUCACCGUGGUGAAGGUGCCCGAAGGCGUCGAUGAUGCCGGGGUACGGCGUCGCCUCCUCGACGAGUGGAAACAUUGA